AAAAGCCGUCUCAGAAGAAAACUCAACUGCGAAGAAUAUGGCGACCGAUGAUGUGAACGAGCCUCUCCCGGCGGCGGCGGAAUUACCGGCGACAGAGGCGGAGAAACAACCACACAAGCUCGAAAGAAAGUGGAGUUUCUGGUUCGAUAACCAAUCAAAGAAAGGCGCCGCCUGGGGAGCUUCUCUUCGUAAAGCCUAUACUUUCGACACCGUCGAAGAUUUUUGGGGAUUGCACGAGACUAUAUUUCAGACUAGCAAAUUGACAGCGAAUGCUGAAAUUCACUUGUUCAAAGCUGGUGUUGAGCCAAAGUGGGAAGAUCCAGAGUGUGCUAAUGGAGGAAAGUGGACUUGGGUUGUUACUGCUAAUAGGAAGGAAGCUUUAGACAAAGGCUGGCUUGAAACUUUGAUGGCUUUGAUUGGAGAGCAAUUUGAUGAAGCAGAUGAGAUUUGUGGUGUGGUUGCUAGUGUCCGUCCACAGUCGAAGCAAGACAAGCUCUCCUUGUGGACUAGGACGAAGUCUAAUGAAGCUGUUCUGGUAUGAUGUUUGUUUGUCUUCUCACUAUGUUUAUAUUGAUGCUGGUGUUGGCUAUUCAUGAUUAUGAUUGUUGGUGGGAUAUCCAAAUUUAGUUUGGUAAACUUUAGAAAAUACUAACACUCGUUACGAGAAUUCUUAAUGCUACACAGAGAACUAUAUAGCUAGUGGGUUUUGAUGCUUAACUUGCUUUGUUGCCUGUCCUUGAGAGUUUUACCAGCUUCUGAUGAUUGAGAUACUUCUGCAAUAGUAAAAUUGUUGUUUUUAAUGUUAAGGUUAUAUGUUGCGACUUAUAAACAUAAUAGUAAAUAUAAUAGUUCAUUGGCAUUAUAAACAUAACUAUCUUUGUCAAUGGACAUCUGUUUUAAAACUUGGCAAUAUGUUAAGAUUGGUUUAUGAAUCUAUCUGAUGAAUUUAUUACUUGGUGUUUGUUAUUGUAAUUCAGAUGGGUAUUGGGAAGAAGUGGAAGGAGAUACUUGAUGUCACCGACAAGAUAACUUUCAAUAACCAUGAUGAUUCCAGAAGAAGCCGGUUCACUGUCUGAAGAAACGAGUGUGAAGCCAGAGGAAGAUGCAAUAUGGCUUUUUUUGUGAUACUGUUUGGUCGGUUUACUCAAAUAGCUGAGACAUUUAGGGACAUUCACUUUGAGGUGUAAACUCUACAAAGUUUUCUGUUUCAUUAAAAUGAUUUUUUGUUAUAAAUUAAGUUGAGUUAUAUAAAUCUCUUUCGAAACCACCACUUGUUAGACAAAUACAGAGAUA